UGGUACCACCAAUAGUAUUGCGUUGAAAAUAUAUUUAAUUGCGUGUUCCGCGGACUUUGUCGAACGGAGUUUUAUCACUUUAAUAGUCAUUGUUGAGAGUCGCCUUCUGCGCCAGUGUGUGUAAAGGCUGCACUUUCGACGGAACUGAAAUCAGUUGCUACAUAAAUAUUCUAUCGAAUCUUCUCACAAUAUUUUGCAACAUGAAGAUGCUCAUCUUAGCUGUCUCAUGCCUUCUGGCUAUCACAGGGAGUCUUGCCGCAGACACCUGUUACAACGAUGUGGCUCUCGACUGCGGAAUAACUUCUAAUAGCCUUGCUCUUCCCCGGUGUAACGCGGUAUACGGCGAGUACGGUAGCCAUGGUAACGUGGCAACUGAGCUCCAAGCAUACGCCAAGCUCCACCUAGAGAGGUCUUACGACUACCUCCUCUCGGCUGCAUACUUCAACAACUACCAGACAAACAGGGCCGGAUUCAGCAAACUGUUCAAGAAGUUAUCCGAUGAAGCCUGGAGCAAGACCAUUGAUAUUAUCAAGCAUGUUACUAAGAGAGGUGACAAAAUGAACUUCGACCAGCACAGCACGAUGAAGACUGAACGCAAGAACUACACCGCUGAGAACCACGAGCUGGAGGCUCUCGCCAAGGCUCUGGACACACAGAAGGAGCUCGCUGAACGCGCCUUUUACAUCCACAGGGAGGCCACCAGGAACAGCCAGCAUUUACAUGACCCUGAGAUCGCUCAAUACCUCGAAGAAGAGUUCAUUGAAGACCACGCUGAGAAGAUCAGGACCCUCGCUGGUCACACCUCUGACCUCAAGAAGUUCAUCACGGCCAACAACGGACACGACUUGUCUCUGGCCUUGUACGUCUUCGACGAAUACCUCCAGAAGACCGUUUAAAUAUAAUAUUAAAUAUAAAUUUCACUCUCAAUAAUACAUUGUGUAGAUUUACCAGGCAAACAUUGAAAACAACGCCAUCUAGUGUCGAGUAGACAAACUACUUUGACUUUAAUCACGCCAUCUAUGUCACGCUUUUGGUACUAGUUGCAUGUCACCGCCAUCUAGCGUUGCUUUUCGGUACUCAAUGUUAAAUUCAAACACGCCAUCUCUUGAUGGUUUUUGUAAACUUUCUGAGUGAAAUGUUUUAGUAAUUUAAUCUCCACUAUUUUUUUUACUGUCAUAUGUAACCUGUACAAAAUUAGGCUGUUGCUAUUGUGAUUAUAUUUCAAAUUAAGUUAAACCCAUUUUUUAUAUUGUAAGCGAUAUAAAAUAACAUAAGUUUAUAACAACUAUGUAGUAAUUAUUCAGUUAUAUUCAAAUAAACGUUUUGAU